AUGUCAUCAAUGUGUGUAACUGUGAGGCCUGUGGGUAACUCGUCCCUGAGCGAGGCCGGCAGGCGCGUCGCCUGUCGGAGCACUCAGUGUGGGGAACCCCGGGGACAGGAGCCCGUUCUCCUACCGGCAGGUGCGCCCCUGUGGAUGCAGCACCUGCGCUGUAACGGAAACGAGGAGAACCUGUGGAAAUGUGAGUUCUCCCAGUGGAGCGUCAACUACCAACAACACACAACCGAGAAGAUCACCUGCUCCUCUAACAUCACCAUGUGGUUGGAGGAUUUCCGUUGUGCUGGAAGAGUUCGAUUCUCAGACGGAAAAAACCAAGGACACAUCUGUAAAGAUAAAUUUGAUCACCAGGAGGUUCGUCUUCGGGGGAACAGACAGAACCUUUGCUCUGGGAUCCUGGAGCAGAAGGUCUCAGGAUCCUGGAGCCCGAUCCAGAACCUGGACCAGAACCAGAACCAGACCAAGGAGCGACUGAAGACCUGGUGUCAACAAAUGUUCUGUGGAGACUACCACAACCACACACAGACGCACAACAACACACACCUGACCUGCUCCGGACGUGUGAGUGUUCUCCUCACCUCCAAAGGGAAGCCCAGUGUCUGUUAUGGGACGGUUCAGGUGAAGCAGCAGGAGGAGCAGUCUCCAGUUUGUGCCACUCAAUGGAAAAAAACCGAACUUUGACAUAGUGUGCGCCCAACUGCAGUGUGGACAGGUGGUCAGUUCUUCACUUCAAAGUGCCUCUUUGUCUUCCCCUUCCUCUUCUUCGUUCUUGGAUUACGUGAGCUGCUCUGAACACGACUUGUCUUUGUGGUUUUGUAAAGCCAGACACAGCUCCACCCCCCUCCCCU